AUGUUUUGGCUAUGUUGUUUGAUUAGUAUAAAUGGUAAACUAGAUUUAUAUACCACAGGUUACCGAAAAAAUAUAAUUAUGACUGUUGAGUCAUGUUUUUGGGCAGCAUUCGGUGCAAUACUACCGGAUAUCGAUCAUUUUAUAGCUUCAAGAAGUACAAGCAUUGAACUUGCACGUCAACUUCCUGGUAGACCAUUUUUACAUUGGGCUGGUUUAUAUUUACUUAUUUAUACUCUUUUAAUUAUUGGUUUAUUUUUCAUAUCUUAUCCUAUAUGUUUAAAAUUCAAUAGAGUUUUCACUAUAUUUUGGUGUUUCAUAUUUAUUCCAUUUAUAAGUCAUAUUAUACGUGAUGCAAAUAAACGUGGUUUAUGGUUAUGGCCUCCACCAGACUUUUAUACAUUAAUGAAUCUAUCAAAUUUUACAUAUAAUAUAUUAUAUUCUAGUAAUCCGGGAAUGAUUCAUUUAAUCAGAACAUUUUUAUUGUAUUUAGUUGUUUUAAUGUUUAUCAUUUUAGUAUUCCGUCAAUAUGCUUAUUCUUUUCAUUGGGAUAUAUCCAAUUUUGCACCAAUAACAUCUUAUCUUAUUGGUAAAAGUAAUGAAUUUUAUAUAGACCAUACAUUUGUUCACUCACUCUUUUGGUCGAAUUCAAGGAGUUUGCCAUAUUGCUUAACGAAUCAAGCAUUAUCUUGUUUAAUCAUUACUAUUCGUUCAAAUGAUGGGAGCUCUCAAAGAUGGAUUGCACGUCAACGUUCAGAUCCUUACGUAAAACGUGCUCAUCUUGAAAGUUAUAGAUGUCGUAGCGCAUUCAAAUUAUUGCAAUUAAAUGAUAAAAUUUCCGGUGGAAUUUUUAAACCUGGUGAUAUUGUUGUUGAUUGUGGUGCUGCACCAGGAUCAUGGUGUCAAGUAGCUUCAUCUUUAACCAAUUGUAAUAAUAAUUUCAAAGCUUCAAAUAAUCAAAAUAAAGGUUUAGUAAUUGGUCUUGAUUUGUUAAACUUCGCACCAUUGCCUGGUGUUAUUACAUAUUGUGGUGUUGAUUUAAAUAAUUGGUCUGAAUGUAUAAAUUUAAUUAAUCAAUCAAUUUUCAAUCAUUUUAACAAUAAUGAUAAUGGCCGUAAACCGUUACAAUCCGAGAGACAGAAAUCACUGCCGGGUGUUGAUAUUGUCCUCAGUGACAUAGCUCCAAAUGUGUCAGGAAUGCGUGAAAUCGAUAUACCAGCUAUGAUGACAUUAGCGUAUAAUAUUUUACGAGUAGCAAUCAGUGUUUCAAAAGAAGGGGCCAGUUUCGUGAUUAAAUUAUUUGAAAGUGCGGAAGCUGAAGAAUUUAAACAAACAGUUUCACAGUUUUAUACAUUAAAUUCAAAGUGUUCUUCAUUUACGCGUUUUAUUAAACCGGAAGCUAGUCGAAAAGAGUCAUCAGAAAUCUAUUUAGUUGCGAGAGGUUUUCAACUUCCUCAAAGUAAACAGGACAGUUAA